AUGGAAGACGAACAGGAGCCGCCCUUGCAGCCCCGGAAGCAGACUCAGGGCAGGGUCCUGCUGCAGACCGUCUGUGCGGCUGGCAUUGGUGGGACCUUCCAGUUUGGCUAUAACCUCUCCAUCAUCAAUGCCCCCACCGCGCACAUUCAAGAGUUCACCAAUCAGACGUGGCAGGCGAGGACUGGUCAGCCACUGCCCGACCACCUGAUCCUGGUAAUAUGGUCCCUCAUCGUGUCCCUGUACCCGCUGGGGGGCCUCUUCGGAGCGCUGCUGGCGGGGCCCCUGGCCGUGAUGCUGGGGAGGAAGAAGUCCCUCCUGGUGAACAACGUGUUUGUGGUCGCCGCGGCGAUCCUGUUCGGCUUCAGCCACAGGGCAGGCUCCUUCGAGAUGAUCAUGCUGGGACGGCUGCUCGUGGGAGUCAGCGCAGGCGUGAGCAUGAGCAUCCAGCCCAUGUACCUGGGGGAGAGCGCCCCCAAGGAGUUCCGAGGAGCCGUGGCCAUGACCUCAGCCAUCUUCACUGCCCUGGGGAUCGUGAUGGGACAGGUGGUGGGACUCAGGGAGCUCCUGGGGGGCCGGCAGUCCUGGCCCCUGCUGCUGGCCAGCUGCCUGGUGCCCGGGGUGCUGCAGCUGGCCUCCCUGCCCCUGCUGCCCGAGAGCCCGCGCUACCUCCUCAUCGACCGUGGCGACACCGAGGCCUGCCUGGCGGCACUGCAGCGGCUGCGGGGCACCGAGGACCUGGCGGCGGAGCUGGCGGAGCUGGAGGAGGAGCGGGCGGCCUGCCAGGGCCUGCGGGCCUGGCGCCCCUGGGAGCUGUUCCAGGACCGCACCCUGCGCCGGCAGGUGGUGAGCCUGGUGGUCCUGGCCAGCGCCAUGGAGCUCUGCGGGAACGACUCGGUGUACGCCUAUGCGUCCUCCGUGUUCGGGGAGGCGGGAGUGCCCCGGGAGAAGGUCCAGUACGCCAUCAUCGGGACCGGGUGCUGCGAGCUGCUCACAGCAUGCAUCAGCUGCAUGGUCAUCGAGAGGGCCGGCCGGCGGGUGCUGCUCAUCGGCGGGUACUGCCUCAUGACCUGCUGGGGGAGCAUCUUCACGGUGGCCCUGUGCCUGCAGAGCUCCUUCCCCUGGAUGCCCUACCUGGCCAUGUCCUGCAUCUUCGCCUUCAUCCUCAGCUUUGGCAUCGGCCCCGCCGGAGUGACAGGGAUCCUGGCCACGGAGCUGUUUGACCAGAUGGCCCGGCCUGCCGCCUACAUGGUCUGCGGGGCGCUCAUGUGGACCAUGCUCUUCCUGGUUGGGCUGGGGUUCCCCUUCCUGAUGGAGGGACUGUCCUACUUCCUCUACGUGCCUUUCCUCGUUGUCUGUGUCUGUGGGGCCCUCUACACUGGCUUCUUCCUUCCCGAGACCAAAGGCAAGACCUUCCUGGAGAUCUCUGAGGAACUGCACAGGCUCAACUUCCCCGGGCGGAGCCAGGGCCCCAGUGGAGGGGCCCGAAGGUCACCCAGUCCACGGAGCUAUAG